AAGUCUCUCUACAUGAGAAUCACAGUUUUGUCUCAGUUUCUUCUCGUGAAUUUUUUACCUAAUUAAUAAACAGUGAUUUUGGGUUUAUAUGGUCUGUAUUCUACUGGUAUUGUGAAUAAGAUGUCAACGCGAUCUAGAUUUAUUGAAUUCUUUGAUUUUUUUUUUUGAAAUUUUAGAACCACAAAUUAAUACUGUGAUAGUAUGGUCCUUAACGUUUCACUGCAUGCUUAGACUCGACAAUUUUGUUUCUCGUUGGUGAUAGUAGAAAGAAGAAGAGAAUAAAAUUGGACGAACAAUUUUUGAGGAUUCUUGGGCCUAUGAUGGAUUUCUUUGUUUUCCUGAAGAACUUGGUGUUAUUUUGGACUUUGGAAAUUUAUAAUUUCUUUGUGGCUUCUAUUGAACUAUGUUAUAGUCGCGUGCAAUUAGUUGUCUUCAUUUUGUUGUAAGGUGUUAUUGGAGUUCCAAGCAAUUUAAAAAAAAGAAGCAGCAACCAAACAGAUUGUCAUUUUCUGUUUUCAGUUUUGGGAGCACAACCAAAAGGUUCACCCCAUAUUUGGAGAGCAUUUGGAUUUGAAGUUGUGUUGGAUUUAGAUAAGAUAUUUUUUGAGGGUGAUACAAAACAGUCCCUAAGGCUUUGUUGAAUCUUAGUCGCCACUUGUCAUGCCACAGGGAGAUUAUAUUGAGCUGCACCGAAAGAGGCAUGGCUAUCGCCAUGACCACUUUGAGCGCAAGCGAAAGAAAGAGGCUCGUGAAGUCCAUAAGCGUUCUGCUAUCGCACAGAAGGCUUUGGGUAUUAAGGGCAAGAUGUUUGCGAAGAAACGCUAUGCCGAAAAAGCUCAAAUGAAGAAGACACUGGCUAUGCAUGAGGAAUCAUCAAGCAGGCGCAGGGCGGAUGAUAACGUUCAUGAAGGAGCUGUUCCUGCCUACCUUCUUGAUCGUGAAACGACAGCACGUGCUAAAGUUCUUAGCAACACUAUAAAACAAAAGAGGAAAGAGAGAGCUGGGAAAUGGGAGGUUCCUCUACCCAAGGUCCGGCCUGUGGCUGAAGAUGAGAUGUUUAAAGUGAUCAGAUCUGGUAAAAGAAAAACCAAACAAUGGAAAAGGAUGGUCACCAAAGCCACCUUUGUUGGGGCAGGUUUUACAAGAAAGCCUCCCAAGUAUGAACGGUUCAUUCGUCCUACAGGAUUGCGAUUUACUAAAGCCCAUGUGACGCAUCCUGAGCUUAAAUGCACUUUCAAUCUUGAGAUCAUUGGAGUGAAGAAAAAUCCUAAUGGUCCAAUGUAUACCUCUCUUGGUGUUCUGACUAAAGGAACCAUAAUUGAGGUGAAUGUCAGUGAGCUAGGUCUUGUCACACCAGCUGGAAAAGUAGUUUGGGGGAAAUAUGCUCAAGUGACAAAUAACCCGGAGAAUGAUGGUUGUGUUAAUGCUGUUCUGCUCGUGUAAUUGCCAUGGGAUUGCUACUGUAAAUUGUCUCUGCAGUUGACAGUUUCGUGUGCUCAUUUGAUAUGCUUGCAACUUGAAAGAGACUGUGUCCUGUUGUGUCUCAUCUGCUGAAGCGGCUUUAAAGUUGUAAACAUAGGUUUUGAUCCAAUGUUUAGGAUAUUUAAAUUAUGACUAAGAGCCAGGGUGCUCUUCACUGCAGCUAAACAUGCUUUAUGUUGCUCUGGUGAAGUGAAUCCUCUCCAACCUGACACUGUUAUGAACUGCAUGUAGUUUUGCUUUUAUUUCUGUGAAAGCUCUGUAGAAAGAAGCCAAUAGUUGUAUGUAGUGGACCUAGAAGUUUAAUUUUCCCAUGAAUACAACAUGUAGUACGUCCUAAACAGUUUUACAA